GACAGCGCUCGGCUGCAUCUCAGUCGUUCGAUUGUCGCCAUGAAGUCGACCGGCUUGUGGCUUCUUCUGGCAUUGUUCGCCAUUCAGGCGUGCGCCGAUGUCUACCAAGGGAGCGCAGCAGAUCUUCAUUAUAGGGCCAAAAGAGCUGCAGUGGAAUUGCAUGAUUGGCUAACAGCGGAACAGAAAGAAGUGCUUGAAGGGCUCAGAGAUAAUCCAGAGCAAUUUCACGACAAGACCGUAGAAUUCUAUAAGCAACUACCUCAAGAAAAACGAGAUGAGUGGGACAAAUUCUACAAAAAAGAAUGCGUCGCAUGGAUUAAGGAGGUCGCUACCGAAGAAGAGAGGAAUGAAUUGAAACAGCUCAAAGAGAAAAAGGAUAAAGAAACUAUUAUGAAAAAGAUCCACACCUAUAGAGAACGUCUAUCAGAAGACAAACGAAAAAUGAUUGAGAAAUUUGAGCCAGAAUGUCUCAAACUCUGGAAGGACGAAGUGUCACGAAAGCGACGAGACCUCGAUAAAAAUUUCGAUGAGUUCACAAAAUGGAUGACAGAAGAACAGCGGAAAACAAUUUCGGAAAUGAAGGACGCUGGAAAAUCUGAUGAUGAUCUUCGCACCAAAGCUAAGGAAUAUUUUGAAGCUCUUCCAGCUGACAAACAAACCGAGUUAAAGGAGGAAUUCAAAGGAAAGUGCAAGGCAUUCUUCAAGAAAAUCUCAAAGCCCGAAGAGAUGGAAAAGAUGAAGACAUUGCACGAAGCCGGUAACGAUGAUGAGGUUCGUACAAUCGUAAAAGGCAUCAUUGGACGUCUUACUGGUGACGAGAAGACACUAGCUGGCAAAAUGGAAGUGCUUUGCCAUGAUAUCUUCACUGCCAAAGCUAAGAGAAGACGAGACAUUGACGAGAAAAUCAACAAGAGACUAUCGUGGAUGACAGCAGAUCAAAAGGAGCAAAUCAAGAACAUGCACGCGUCCGGAAAGUCACAUGCUGAUAUUCGAGCUAAAAUCUUUGAGUUUCUUAGCGAACUGGAAGGACCGGCAGGCAUCGCUGCCAGAGAACAAACCCAGAAAGAAUGUUACAAGUGGAUGAACGAUGUGGCUACCGAAGAAGAAAUUGCUGCUUUGCAUGAAAUGCAUGAACGGGACCAUGAUGGUUGUAAGAAGAGAGUCAGGGAGUUUAUUGCGCGACUGCCUGAUGAGAGAAGGGCUGAAGUUGAGAAAAAUCUUCCCUUCUGCGAAAAAGUUUGGUACGGUGACCACGAUCAUCAUGGUGGUCAUGACCACCAUCAUGGACACCACCGUCGCCAGAUUGCUGUGAGAAGACGUCGUCACCUGAAGGCCAUCGAUAAGUACCUGGACUGGCUGACCCCAGAACAGAAAAACACGCUUGUGGACAUUGAGAAGAGUGGAGCAGAAUUUGACAGUGUCAUUGCAAAAGUGAAGGAGUUCUACGGUAAACUUGGUGAAGAGAAGAAAGCGGAACUCAAGGCGAACUUCAAGUCACAAUGCUCUGCGUGGGUGAAAGAAGUGGCGACUCCGGAAGAGAUGGAAAAGAUCAAAGAAAUGCACAAAAAUAAGGAUCAUGCCGAGCUCAAGAAGAAAUUGGCAGAGUUGGAGAACAGGUUGACGGAAGAACAGAAACACACCGUCGAGCACGUUCGAGAAGUAUGUCUUGGUGUGUGGGAAAUUCAGAAUAGCCGCAGAAGAAGAGGUCAGGAAUACUUUACCCUAGAAAAAAUUCUUGACAACUACCUUACAUGGCUGACUGAUGCUCAAAAGGAGGAGCUGAAAUCUCUCAAAGCUGCAGGAAACAAAGACAAGAUUUAUGACAAAGUUCUUUCCUACUUAGACAACGCUUCAGGAGAACAAAGAAAGAAGGCUAUCGAAGAUUUGCAGAGCGGAUGCAAACACUACAUUAGAAAUAUUGUUGGUGACGAAAAGGCCGAUGAAUUCAAGCAAAUGAAGGAAAGCGGUGUUUCACCGGAUGAAAUUGCAAAGAAAAUCGAGGUGCUUGUCGAUGGACUCACGAAUGAGGAGGUAAAAGCACAAGCGAAGAAAGCUGCACCAGUUUGCAAAGCAGUCUAUUCUGCUGCUAAACGCUUUAGAAGGGAACAUCAUGAACACAAGUUGGACGAGGAGAUGAAGAAGUACCUAACGUGGCUUUCAGCGGAUCAAAUGCACAAACUGGAGGAGAAAUUUGAGAAGGAAGGUAGAGAACCUGGUUACAAUCUGGUCAUGGAGAUGUUUGAAGCUUCCAGUGGUGAAACUAAAGCAAAGGCGACGGAAGAAUUGAAAUCCGCAUGCAAGCACUUUGGAAGAAAACUGUUAGGAGACAAGAAUGCUGACAUUAUCAAGGAGAUGAAGGAUAGUGGAGCCACAAAUGAGGCGAUAACGAAGAGGGUAGAGGAGAUGAUUGCCGAGAUUUCUGAUCCCGUCAAAAAGGAACGAGCCGAGAAAAUGACUGCAGGAUGCAAAAAGAUCUACGCUCACUCUAGAAGACGGCGUGGCCAGGAACUAUACACCUUGGAGAAGGUGCUCGAAAAUUAUCUGACGUGGUUAAAUGAAGACCAGAAAGCAGAACUGAAGAAGUUGAAGGAAGCAGGCAACAAAGACGAGAUCUACAAAAAGAUUGUUGCAUUCUUGGACGCAGCUUCAGGAGAUCAGAAGAAGAAGGCUAUAGAGGACGUACAAACUGGAUGCAAGCACUACAUCAGAAACAUCGUUGGUGACGAGAAAGCCGAUGAGUUCAAGCAGAUGCGGGAAAGCGGCGUAUCUCCAGAUGAAAUUAGCAAAAAGAUUGAUGCCCUGGUAGAGGAACUGACCAAUGAGGAAGUAAAAACGCAGGCGAAAAAGGCUAAAGUUAUAUGCCUGGCUGCAUUCACAGCACCAAAGCGUUUUAGACGAGGACAGGAACUGUAUACUUUGGAAAAAGUGUUGGACAAUUAUCUUACUUGGCUGACAGACGCACAGAAGGAAGAGCUGAAAUCGCUAAAAGCUGCAGGGAACAAGGACCAAAUUUACGACAAAGUUUUGUCUUAUAUCGAUGCUGCUUCCGGAGAACAAAAGAAAAAAGCUAUCGAAGAUGUGCAAAAUGGCUGCAGACAUUACAUUAGGAACAUAGUUGGUGACGAGAAAGCCGAUGAGUUUAAGCAAAUGAGAGAAAGCGGAGUGUCAGAUGACGAAAUUGCUAAGAAGAUUGAAGCGCUUGUUGAAGGUCUCGACAAUGCAGAAGUGAAAGCCCAAGCUAAAAAGGCGGCACCCGUCUGUAAAGCAGCUUUCUCCGCUCCGAAACGCCUCAGAAGAGGACAGGAACUCUACACAUUAGAGAAGGUUCUUGAUAAUUACCUGACGUGGUUGAACGAGGAUCAGAAAGCAGAAUUGAAGAAACUGAAGGAAGCAGGCAACAAGGACGAGAUCUACAAGAAGAUCGUUUCAUUCUUAGACGCAGCUUCAGGAGAUCAGAAGAAGAAGGCAAUCGAAGAUGUACAGACAGGAUGCAAGCACUACAUCAGAAAUAUUGUUGGCGAUGAGAAAGCUGAUGAAUUCAAGCAGAUGAGAGAAAGUGGUGUUUCGCCCGAUGAGAUUGGCAAGAAGAUUGAGGCACUAGUGGAAGGACUAACCAACGAGGAAGUCAAAGCACAAGCCAAGAAGGCCAAAAUCAUCUGCCUAGCAGCUUUCUCCGCUCCGAAACGACGCAGAAGAGGACAGGAACUCUAUACCUUAGAGAAGGUCCUUGAUAAUUACCUGACGUGGUUGAACGAGGAUCAGAAAGCAGAGUUGAAGAAACUGAAGGAAGCAGGCAACAAGGACGAAAUCUACAAAAAGAUCGUAUCAUUCUUAGACGCAGCUUCAGGAGAUCAGAAGAAGAAGGCAAUCGAAGAUGUACAGACAGGAUGCAAGCACUACAUCCGAAAUAUUGUUGGCGAUGAGAAAGCUGAUGAAUUCAAGCAGAUGAGAGAGAGUGGUGUUUCGCCCGAUGAGAUUGGCAAGAAGAUUGAGGCACUAGUGGAAGGACUAACCAACGAGGAAGUCAAAGCGCAAGCUAAGAAGGCCAAGAUCAUCUGCCUAGCAGCUUUCACAGCACCAAAACGAUUCAGAAGGGAACAUCAUCAGCAUACCUUUGCGGAAGCAAUGGAGAACUACCUCAGCUGGCUCAGUGAUGACCAGAAAAUAGAGAUGAAACAGUUACAUGAAGCUGGAGACAAGGGCGCUCUAUAUGAAAAGGUCAUGGAAAUGUUCGAUGCUGCUACAGGAGAGACGAAAGAAGAAGCUGCUUCCAAAUUGAAGGACGCUUGCAGGCAUUAUGUCAAGGAUUUGAUCGGCAAUGUAAAUGCAGAUAGGAUUCAUGCAUUAAAGGAAAGUGGUGCGACAAAUGACGAGAUUGCCACUAGGGUUGAGGAAAUCAUAGAGGAAAUAAGCGAUGACGAAAAGAAGGAGCACGCUCUGAAAGCUUCCAAAUACUGCAAGAGAAUUUAUAAUGUGGCGCGUCGAAUGAGGCGAGAUGAACAUGAACAUGAUGUUGAAGAAGCUCUGGAGAAAUUCCUGACAUGGUUGAGCGCAGAUCAAAAGGACGAAGUUAAGAAAUUGUACGAAAGCGGAAAACGUGAUGAAAUUUAUGGAAAGGUCAUGGAGUAUUAUAAUCAAGCGGAUAAAGAUGUGAAGGAAAAGGCUACGUCAGAACUCAAGGACGCUUGCAGACACUAUAUAGGAGAAGCCAUUGGCAAGGAAAAUAAGGAAAAGGUUGAGAAAAUGAAGGACAGUGGAGCUACAAAAGAAGAAAUUUCCGCGAAAGUGGAGGAAUUCAUCAGCGCCAUUGCUGAUGAGAAGAAGAGAGCGCAUGCCGAACGUGCUCACAAAGGAUGUAAGAAAAUUUACGGGGUAAUUCAGCGUAAGAGAAGAGACGAGCACGAACAUCAUCAUGAUCUGGAAGAAGCGCUGAAAAAGUAUCUUACCUGGAUGAGUGAGGAUCAAAAAGCUGAGGUGAAGAAAACGCUAAAGGGAGGAGAUCGUUUGGCAGCUUAUAAGAAAAUGAUGGAGUAUUUCGAGGGUACCACCGGUGAGACUAAGCAAAAGGCAGCUACGGAGCUUAAGGCUGCUUGCAAGCAUUAUAUCAAGGAGUUGAUUGGUGAGGAAAAAUCAGCCAAGAUAAAACACAUGAAAGAAAGUGGGGCCACAAAUGAAGCCAUAGCCCAGGAAUUGGAUGCGAUCAUUUCGCUGAUUCCAAAUGAGAAGAAGCGAGUUCAAGCUCAGCAUGCUGCUGCCGAUUGCAAGAAGAUCUUCAACGUCGCAAAGAAAUUAAGAAGAGAAGUGCAUGAGCCCACUUUGGAGGAAGGUUUCCAGAAAUACCUUACAUGGUUGAGUGACGGCCAGAAAGACGAGUUGAGAAAGCUUGAAGCAAACAAGGAUCGCGAAGGAAUCUUUAAGAAAAUCAUGGAAUACUUUGAAGGAGCUACUGGCGAGGUCAAGAGCAAAGCUACCGAGGAACUUAAAGAAGGCUGCAAACAUCACAUUACCACCUUAAUUGGAAAAGAAAAAGCGGAUGAGUUGAAGAAACUGAAAGAUACGGGAGUAACCGACGCAGAAAUGGCGAAAAAAGUUGACGAAGUUAUAGAAACAAUCACAGAUGAAGAGAUCAAAGCAAAGGCGAAGAAAGCAGCAGCCGGUUGUCAUAAAAUUUUCGGCGUCACUAAAGCGCGACGUCAUCUUGCCGCAAGACGCUUCCGAAAAUCCUACAAAUCUUAUCUCAGUUCUGGAUUAUUCUUCUAAUUGAAUAAGCACAACAAUUCACGUGUCUGUAUUGUUGGAGUAGCAAUGUUUGUAGUUCUUUAUUGUGUUCACUUUUGAGUAGUGACCUGUCUGUUUAGCUCAGUGCAAUGAUUUUCUCGCAAUAAAUAAAUUUUAUAACAAAG